AUGCAUUCGACUUCGCUCCUUCUCGGCCUGUCCCUCGCGGCAGCAGCCGCCGCACAGAUCCAGGUCAACGGUGCAAGCAGCAUCGCCGCAAGCAUGGUCCCAACCGCGGCUGCGGCGCCAGCUUCCGCAGUAGACAACUCUGCAGCCGCGCCCACCGCUGCUAGUCCAGCAUAUUCUGCACCCGCUUCGCAGAUCACCACCGCCGCGACAUAUGGUUCGGCUUCUUCUGCGGACAUCUACUCCAUGAUGCCCUAUUCUUCUUUCAUGGCUGGUGGCUACAGUAGCAUGGCUUGUGGGUACGGAUACACGAAGGCCGGCGACGGGAGCUGUCAAUCGGAAUCUUGGUGGGCGACACAAGGAUGCUAUGAGACUAUUAUCAUCAACAACAAUGGAGGAGGGGGCUACGGGGGCUACGGAGGAGGCAGUUGUGGUUAUGCUUCGACAGCCACGGUUACCUCCACCGCAUAUGCCACUGUCACAGAGACAGCCGUCUCAACCAUGAUACAGACACAAACUAUGACCGAGAUACAGACCCAGGCGACGACCGUCGUCCAGUACCAGACCGUCACCCAACUGAUGACGGACAUCGAAUCAGUCACGCAGACACAAACGCAGACCGACUUCGUUACGAUGACCUCGACGGAGCUCGUUCCGACAACAAAGGUCUGGGUGUCGACCCAGGUCAUCGACGAGACACAGACACUCGAGCAGACCCUGACGGCGACGCAGACCCAGACGCAGGUCAAUGUCUACACGCAGACUGCAACCGCCACGGAGACUGCAACCGCGACCGCGACGAAGACCCAGGAGGAGACGACCACGGACUUCGCGACGCAAACGGUGCUCAGCACGGUCGUGCAGCCGACAACGUACACCAGCGUGUAUGUCAGCACUCAGGUCAUCAACAACACCUUGACGCAGGAGGUUACUCAGACUGCUACUCAGACUGAGGAUUUCACCUAUGUACAGACGCAGACCGCCACGGCUACUCAGACCGAGCUCAAGACCCAGAGCGUCACCGUCACCUCGGUCAGCAUCUCCGUGCAGCCUACGACCUACGUCCAAACGAUGGUCAGCACCCAGAUUGUGGAUGAGACGCAGACCGUUGAAAACACCCUUCUCUCAACUGUCGUGGAGAACAAGACGUAUUUCCAGACGCAGACACUCCUCUCCACUGCGACUGCGACUGCGACAGAGACGGACACUGCAACCGCGACUCAGACCGAGCUCGAUACCGUCACUAAGACUCAGGAGAUGACCGUCACCCAACUGAGCACGGUCAUACAGCCGACGACGUACAUAUCUUCUGUCGUAAGCACACAAGUCGUCGACGAGACACAGACACUCCUGUACACCGUGGUCCAAACCAUGACGGACAACUUCACGUCCGUGCAGACACAGACACUCCUCUCCACCGCGACUGCAACUGCAACGAAGACUGACACGGCCACGCAGACGGACUUCGUAACCUACAAACAGACUGUGACGGAGAUCAGCACGAUGGUGCAGCCGACGACAUACAUUUCGACGCUCGUCAGCACGCAGGUCAUCGACGAGGAUAUGACUGUCCUUCAGACGCAGACCUACGUGUCGACCGCCACCGCCACCUCGACUGCCACCGCGACAGUGACGGAGACGGCGACGCAGCUCGUAACUUGCAUCCAGUCGUGCCAGACCAGCGCCAUGCUGACGAAGGGCAAUGCCAUGAGCUGGACGUACGCCACGACCUCUGCCAUGGCCACCGCGACAGCCGACGCAACAUCCGUUGCUGCGAGCAUGGCAUACGGCGGGGCCGGCUACGGUGCGGCCGGCUACGGUGCGGCUGGCUACGCCAGCACCGCGGCGUCGUCCAAUGCAUCGUCGUACGGAAAGUCCAACUACGGCCGGGCAUGGGCUUCAAAUUGGUCGAGGCGCGCUGCUUCGUCCCACUAA